UUUUCACGCUUAUUGUUAACGCCAUACACACACAUUACAGAUAUAUACUUGUCUCCCUUCUUCUCCUACCUUUUCCAUUUCCUUAUUCUCGUGAGAGGGAGACAAUUGCAACCCGCAACGCCAGACGCUUCGAUCAAAUUAGUCAAUCAAUGUACGCCGCUUGAUAACUACGCAUAAAUUGGCUCGCGCGCUUUCUAAAUCAGUGAUUAUCAUAAACUAUAAUAUGUGUUGUGAGUGCAUUGGUGGGCUUCUAUGAGCUGUCGAAGGCGCCUAGCAGCCCUGUGAGAUUUGCUGCUUCACAAGGUCAGUUCACGAGAUCCUUUGUCUCCAAAGUUCACCUAUUUCCACACCAUAUUUUUUUGGUCCUUCUCCCUGGAUAUACUUUCUAUUCCCGCUAUUUAUUUAUUUCUUUCAUUUCUACGCCUAAUCCGCUAUAUUUUACAUACUUUUACAUACAUUUACACGCUACACACACGCCACACGCCGCUUACGCCACGACGCCAUUUUCUUUUAAAUUCUAACAAUGGCCGAGAAAGAAGAUUUGCAAUUAGAAAUACGCUUGCUUCAAGCGAAGCAACAAAGCUUUUAUAAGCAUAUACAAACCCUGUACGAUUUGUCGCAAAAUUUAAAAGAUGACGUAACCAUCAAAAACUUUUUAAUUAGACUUAAAUGUUUAGAUAAUUUAAGAAGUGAUUACGUGUCGGUUACAGACCAACUGAAUAUAUCUAACUUAAAAGCCAACCCCAAAUCGCUUAUUAAUUUUGAUACUUUAACUUCUUUUGACGAACUAUUCUGUCACAUUAAAAGUGUUGAAUCAGAUAUAUUAGAUAAAUUAGCACGAAAUAAAACGCACAAUUUAGAUCUCCUCAAAAAACUGCCUGCUUUGGAGUUAAGGGGUUUUGACGGAAAUCCAACGCAUUGGUCUGCUUUUUAUGAAAACUUUAAAACGCUUAUACACAACAACGAAAACUUAUGUAACGCCGAAAAAAUACAAUAUUUAUUAGGCAAAUUAUCAGGAAAAGCCUUGUUAGUUUGUUCUGGGAUACAGCCGGUAGCCAGUAACUAUGAAUUAAUUUGGAAUUCGCUUAUCGAAAAAUAUGAAGACAAAAGAACGCUAGGAUCAAUGUAUUUAGAACAGAUAUUGAAUUUUAAAGGUAAUCAUACGCUAACGCAAACCUCAUUAGAAUUAUUUAUUGAGCAAUUUUGUUCUGCACAAGCCGCAUUAUCAUUAUUAGGUAUUUCUGACUUAACGGACUUUAUAUUUUUACAUAUAGGUUUGAAUAAGUUAGACAAGGAAACUGUAAUGCUAUUUGAGCAAACGCAUCGUAGUGAGAAAAUACCAUCUUUCGCGUCUUUAGUAGAAUUUGUCAAAGAACAAAACAAAAUAUUCACGUUACGUAACUCAUCGCCGCAGACUUCUAAACAAAAUUGGAAGGUAAACGCAAAACAAAUAAACCGAACGCCGCACGCUCGCUCGCUUCACGUAGAUUAUAAUAAACCUAGUACGUCUGAUCAUAAUAGGCAAACUCAAAGAUGUCCUGAUUGCGAACAGGAUCAUCAUCUUUUCAGAUGUAAUAAAUUCAAUGAACGCGAUCCAAAAUCUAAGAUACAAUUUGUUCGGUCUAACAAAUUAUGUAUUAAUUGUUUAAGUGGAUUUCAUGUACUAGAAAAUUGCAGAAGUAAGAUAAGAUGCUUCUGUGGGGCUGCACACCAUUCGAAAUUGCAUUCGGGAAUCGAACCCGUGAAACAUAGCCACGCGCAAGUGUCAACGCUCCUCUGUAAAAAUGUUGCCCCCCCGCAGCCCGCGCACGCGCAACCGCUGACCGAGUGCGAUAGCACUCGACGUGACGUGGGAUCGACCGAGUCGCCGGCGCUCGCGCGGAAUGUGCCUACCAACUUCAGUCGCCCGCCGGCCGCCGCCGGGAGUGACGCGUCACUUCAUUCUUUAAAAAUACAGACGAAAGAUACGACAGUGUUACUUCCGACUGCAGUAGUAUAUGUUUAUAACAAUGCUGGUGAACGUUUUAAGAUGCGAGUGCUGUUAGACACCGGUAGUUCGUGUCAUAUAGUAACUAAAUCGCUUUGUAAUCGAUUAAACUUAAAAAUUAAUAAGUCUAAUACGACACUACAUGCUUUAGGUGACAAUCAAGUGAACGCACAGGGACACGCAUUUUUAACGUUUGAAUCUCGCUUACAAAAUAGAUGUAAAUAUUCUAUAAAAGCUUGCGUUAUGGAUGCAAUUUCGCGAAAUAUUCCAAAUGAUAUUAUAGAUUUAAAUAAUUUACAUCAUAUAAAAGGAUUACCUCUCGCUGAUGAGGAAUUUUAUUCGCCUGGUGAUAUUGAUUGCCUUAUCGGAAAUGAAUUAUUUCCAUUUCUUUUAGAAAAUAAUAAGGUAGCACACCCUGAUUCGUCCGUGGCCGCUAUUCAAACUACACUCGGCUACAUUUUAAUGGGAAAAGCAAGCUACUUAACGCCCUCACAUUCGAAAGAAAAAUCUUUUCAUAUUUUCUCUGAAAAUACUGAAUCGAAUUUAGAUAAAUUAACGCAACGCUUUUGGGAACUGGACUCAGUACCUACUAAGAUACAUGUAAGUCAGGAUGAUUCCGCUUGCGAACGCAUUUUUUCAGAUAAUAUUUCACGCGAUAUAUCGUCAGGUCGUUAUAUUGUCUCCCUACCUUUCAAAUAUGAUACCAAAUUACUUGGUGAUUCAUUCGCAAUUGCUAAACGCUGUUUAUUACGCUUAGAAAAACAAUUUAAUAAUAAUCCAUCGCUACGCUCCGAUUACAACGCGACCCUUAAAUCUUACAUAGAUGAAGGUUAUCUUAAUAAAGUUAGCCAAUCCUCACGCAAUAUUAAUUCUUAUUAUAUUCCGCAUCGUGCUGUCUGUCGGCCUGACAAGCAAACCUCCAAAACGCGUAUUGUUUUGAACGCCUCAUGUAAAACCACUUCAGGAAAAUCGCUUAACGAUUUGUUAUAUACAGGUCCAAAUCUACAAAGCAAUAUUUUUGAUCUACUACUUAAUCUACGCCUGUAUUCUGUCGCUUUAAGUGCUGACGUGGAAAAAAUGUAUUUUAGAAUUAAACUUAAACCAGAAGAUCAUCGUUAUCAGCGUAUUCUGUAUAGGUUCGAUUCAAAUGAUCCUAUUGAUACGUAUGAAUUUAAUUGUGUAUCUUUCGGUCUGUCAGCGUCACCAUACCUCGCGAUGCGUGUGAUUAAAGAACUAGCUAACGAUGAACGCUCACGAUAUCCAGCAGGCGCUUGGGCAGCUGGACGGCAUUUCUAUAUGGACGAUUUCGUCUCCUCCGUCCCUUCUUUAGAAGAUGCUACGAACCUUUACUAUGAGCUCGUUAAUUUGUUCAACGCUGGUGGUUUUAAAUUAACAAAAUGGAUAUCAAAUAAUACUCGCUUACUUCAAGAAAUUCCGCCUGAAUUACGCUCGCCUAACAUCGUUCAGUUUGAUGAACACUCAAUAACCGCUAGUACAAAAAUAGUUGGCUUACAAUGGGAGCCUAACGAUGAUGUUUUUACGUUUAAAGUAAAUGUACCUACAGAAUAUAAGUGCACCAAACGCAUUAUUCUGUCCGUCACCGCCCGCCUUUUCGAUCCGCUUUCUUUAUUGGGUCCUGUAACCGCCUUAUUAAAAUUAUUAGUGCAAGAAUGCUGGAAACAAAAUCUACACUGGGACGAAGAAGUUUCUACUAGUAUAAGUGACCAAUGGUUUCAGUUACAACGCGAGCUACAUUUGUUAGAAAGGUUGCAGAUUCCGCGACAUAUAGGUAUUUUUCAAACCACAAACAAUAUUUCGCUUAUAGGGUUUGCAGAUGCUAGUGAAAAGUGUUACGGAGCUGUAAUUUACCUGCGCGUAAGCUCUAGUGAAUCAGGUGACGGUCAAAUCACAUUACUCUGUUCGCGGUCUAGAGUAGCUUCCCCUAAAGGUAAUGUGUCUUUACCGCGACUCGAACUUUGCGCUAAUCUUUUAUUAUCAAAUUUAAUUGUCGCUGUAAAAGACUCAAUAAGUGAACGCGUAACAAUAAAUAAAAUAUACGCUUUUUCUGACUCCACGAUCGCACUUUCGUGGGUCCGCUCGCCUGCACAUAGGUUUCAAACCUUUGUUGCAAAUAGAAUCGCCGCUAUAAACGCUAAUCUUCCAGCUGAAAACUGGUUCCAUAUUUCUGGUAAAGAAAAUCCCGCCGAUAUAAUAUCACGCCCUAUUUUACCCGCUAAGUUUAUAAAUAAUACGCUUUGGUUUCACGGACCUCCGUGGGCCACGCUUCCUUUCAAAGAAUGGCCAAUCAAUGAAUGUCAUUCUCACGCUAUCGAUGAACUACCUGAACAUAAAACGCUUAUUUCUUUAACCGCUAAAGUCUGUACAGAUAAUGAAAGUACCGAUUUAUAUUAUAACUCCGCGAUGCGCAUGUCAAAUUGGAAUAAAUUCAUACACUCUUGGGUGUAUGUGCUUCGCUUUACUAAAACUUUAAAAUCGCAAGGCAAUAUUACUGUCGCUGAUUUAGAAAUUGCUGAAAAUUACAUUUUACGAGCUAUACAAAAAAGGCAUUGUUUAAAUAUUAAUAGCCCAGCUUUGCGAAAGCUCAAUGCGUUCCUAGAUUCAAAUAAAAUUAUACGUGUUGGAGGCCGACUGUCUCAGUCACAAUUGGGAUAUUCGCAGAUGCACCCAGUCGUCCUUCCGUCUAAAGAUCGCAUAGUGCACUUGCUCGUAGAUUAUUUUCAUAGGCAGAAUACACACGCAGGGCCUGCUCUAUUGCUUGCUCUAUUACGCCAAAAUUAUUGGGUUAUCGCCGCUCGUAACAUGGUACGCCAACGAGUACAAAGCUGUAAUCGUUGUUUCAAGCUUAAGCCAAAAAAUACCUUCCCUGUUAUGGGCGACCUGCCCCCCUAUCGCGUAAGCGAAGUAAAAAGCUUCGUUUUCUCGGGCGUUGAUUUCGCAGGGCCCCUCUACAUAACGCCUUAUCGCCGCCGCGGUGUAAAAAGCAUAAAAGCUUACCUGUGCCUAUUUGUUUGCUUAACUACAAAAGCUCUACAUCUAGAGCUAGUGAGCGAUUUAAGUACAGAGUCAUUUUUAAACGCUUUUAAAAGAUUUAUUUCUAGAAAAGGCCCUAUUUCUUUAAUAAGAAGCGACUCGGGAGGCGCUUUUGUUAAAGCGGAUAGAUGUCUGAAGGAAAUUCACGAGCUUUUGUCAAAGGAUAAAUUUUUAGACCAACAUUUAGCAGAUUUACGCAUACAACUCCAAAGAAACCCACCUUACGCUCCGCAUUUCGGUGGAAUAUGGGAGAGUAACAUUAAAUCUGUUAAAACCCAUCUAUUUAGGGUCAUUGGAAAUCAAAUUUUGACAUACGAAGAGCUUAACACUGUCCUUAUUCAAAUUGAAGGAAUAAUGAACAGUCGCCCGCUCUGUGUAUUAAGUUCAGAUCCUUCCGAUCUCACUGCUCUAACACCAUCGCAUUUUUUGAAUAUAACACCACUUAAAUACUUACCGGCUGAGGACCUUACGGACGUACCUCAGAACAGGCUUACUCGCUAUCAGUUGUUGUCAAAACUGGUCCAAUCAUAUUGGGACAGAUGGAACCGUGAAUACCUAACUUCGCUUCAAAGUAGACAAAAAUGGAACACUCCAUCAAAUCCGAUUAAAGUAGGAUGUAUUGUCAUUAUUCGAGACGAUAACUCACCGCCUCUUAGUUGGCCUCUAGCCAUAGUAGAGGAGCUCUAUCCCGGUAGAGACGGUAUCGUACGAGCCGCUAGAGUUAAGACUAGAAUUGGUUACUAUACAAGAGCUGUAGUAAGGCUUUGCCCUCUACCUCUUCAAUAAUAUUCGCACUUUAAUAUUAACGCUUUAACCUAAUUAAUUAAUGUUUAUUUUUAAUUUAUAGUUAGUCUUUUCUUACAACUUUAUUAUAUUAUUUAUACGCUAUCGCAUCAUCGCAAACUUUUAUUUUCCUGAAGGCUUUGCCUCAGCCCGGGGGAUAAAUGUUAACGCCAUACACACACAUUACAGAUAUAUACUUGUCUCCCUUCUUCUCCUACCUUUUCCAUUUCCUUAUUCUCGUGAGAGGGAGACAAUUGCAACCCGCAACGCCAGACGCUUCGAUCAAAUUAGUCAAUCAAUGUACGCCGCUUGAUAACUACGCAUAAAUUGGCUCGCGCGCUUUCUAAAUCAGUGAUUAUCAUAAACUAUAAUAUGUGUUGUGAGUGCAUUGGUGGGCUUCUAUGAGCUGUCGAAGGCGCCUAGCAGCCCUGUGAGAUUUGCUGCUUCACAAGACCGCUUUAGUAUCGUCUACCUUGAAGGCAUUACAUUUGAUGCGGGUUGACCAUGGCGGCAAAGGUGGUACUAUUAUCAACGUCUCAUCUGCAUUGGCAUUGACACAACGCGCACCAAUACCGUUUGUGUACGCUGGUAC